AUGUGGGGUUCUAAUUUAAAGAAGAAUUUAAUUUCUCGGAGAAGUUUAACCUUCACCAGACUUCAAUCUACUGGGAAGUCGUCACCAACUAUUCCAGCACCACCCUUACCUCCUAAGGCCAAGUCAAGUUCAUUGGGAUACGCUUUAGUCGGUUUGUUAUUCUUAGGUGGGGGUAUCUACCUUGGAUCACAAUAUAAUUCGAUAUUCACCACUGCACCACUUAAAUCGUCCACCACUACCAUUGAAUCAUUACCUCCAUUAAUAUAUGCUGAUGAUAAUCAAUUCCAACAAGGUAUAUCUGAAAUCAAAGCGAUUUUAACCCCCGAUCAAUUCAAUUAUGAUGAAGAAGUUAUCAAAUCCCAAAGUGAUUCAUUCUUCUCUACUCAUCAUCCUCCCAAACCUCAAGAUCAAAAACCAAAAGUGAUAAUUUCUCCUAAUAAUACUCAAGAAGUAAGUGAUAUUUUAAAAAUCGCCAAUAAAUAUCAUAUUCCUAUCGUCGCCAAUUCAGGAUUAACCUCUUUAGAAGGUCAAACCAUGCAUACGAGAGGUCCUAACAGUAUUGCAUUAAGUUUCAGUCAUUUGAAUAAUAUAGUUGAAUUCCAUCCUGAUGAUUUGGAUAUUGUGGUUCAACCGGGUGUAGGCUGGUCUGAAUUAGAUGAUUAUCUUAAAUCUCAUCCUUUAGGAUCUCAUUUAUUAUUCCCAGUUGAUCCAGGUUUAGGUGCUACGAUUGCCGGUAUGGUAGCUACAUCUGCUAGUGGGACCAAUGCGUACAAGUAUGGAACUAUGAAAGAGAAUGUGGUUAAUUUGACAGUAGUAUUGGCUGAUGGGUCAAUAAUUAAGACUAAACAACGUCCGAGAAAAUCAUCGGCAGGAUAUGAUUUAACGAGAUUGUUUAUUGGUAGUGAAGGGACAUUAGGGAUUAUAACUGAAAUCACAAUUAAAUUACAUGUUAGACCUAAGAGAGAAUUAGUUUCGAUUGCUUCAUUCCCUACGAUUAAGGAUGCUUCUGCUACUGCUCAAGAAAUCAUUAAUAAAAGUGGAUUACAAUUGAAUGCGAUUGAAAUCUUGGAUGAGACUACGGUAUCAUUUGUUAAUGAUGGCAGUUCAAAGGAUAAGAAAUUUGAUGAAAAGCCAACUUUAUUCUUCAAGAUUGGUGGACCAUCGGAUCAAUCUAUUAAUGAACAAGUGAAAGUCAUAAAGGAAAUCGCCAAUCGUAAUCAUUUGAUUAAAUUCCAAAACAGUCAUAAUGAAGAAGAAAACGCUGUUUUAUGGAGUGCAAGAAGACAAGGAUUAUGGUCUACUUUUGAAUAUGGAAACAAAGUAUUACCCGACCCCAAUGAUGUUCAAAUCUGGACGACCGAUAUCGCGGUCCCAUUAUCGAAAGUAAGUCAAGUUAUUACUGAAACCAAUGAUGAUUUGAAUAAUAGUGGAUUCAAGGGUAAAUUCAGUGUCAUGGGUCAUAUUGGAGAUGGAAAUUGUCAUUUCUUAUUAUUAUAUAAUUCUCCCGAUUAUCAUAAGACCAAGACAUUAGUUGAUCGUAUGGUUGAACGAGCUUUGAAAUAUGAAGGUACCUCCACCGGUGAACAUGGUGUCGGUGUAGGGAAGAGAAAAUAUUUAGAAAAGGAGUUCAGUCCAAGUUCAUUAGAUCUUAUGAGACAUAUUAAACUUUCAUUAGAUCCUCAUCGGAUCUUGAACCCCGAUAAGAUAUUCAUUAUUGAUAAAGAUGAUAAUUUAGAUGAAUUAUUAGAAGCAGGCCAUAUCCAAUCGGUUAAUAAACAUGAUUGUUGUCAUUAA